AUGUCUAUACUUCGAAUGCUCUUAUGGGCGCGCAUCGUUAGCAAAGUCAUGUUAGCGGGAUCACAACCAAAGGGGACGCUCGUUACUCUUGGGUCUCUUCUCAUAUCCCUGCCCGUGGUGUUGGCUAAUGUUUCCUCCACAUUUGCAGUCGUUGAUCCUCCGAGUCACCCCGACGUGCCUCCACCGGACCUGCCUACCAGCUGCUACGUAAAUUCGUUCGGCUCCCCAAUUUUAGAGAUUCAUUCCUUUUAUUCCACCCAGGAUGAUGGCGUAGCGGUUAGGUUCAAUUUCUCAACUAGCAUCGACGCCGUCAAGUUUGAUUGUUCAGGUCACGCCAGUGGAAUAGGGGAGAGGACUGUGAGAGGCGACUGCGAUGUUGUCGAGGGCGACAGUCAUCACACUUCCGAAUUCACGUUCGAUAUUUCGACCCGCAGCGUCGAUGUCUACCAAACCUGGACAUGCAAUGACAACAAGGCAUUCGGCGACUUCGCCGGUACCGGAACCGGAGUGCUGCCUCUCGAGUGCGACGGGGAGACUUGCCGAGGGGGCGGUGUCAGACUUCUCAUGGCCCUGCUUAAGCCCGUGGCCUUUACGCCGUACAUACCGCCGCCACCGGAUGGACACGAUACUCCGGGCUGCGCCUCGGCGGCUCCCGCUUGGGACAUUUCGCACUUCGAGUGGCGCAUGGGGGGCAGGGGAUGGCAAAACCCCGUCAUUCCUGUGAACAUCACGUUUAUCAGCGCCGCCGCCCACAUCAAGAUCAACAUGACGAAUCGUGCCAACGGCCAGGACUACUCCUGUGACGUCUCGCCCCUCGAUAGCAGAUUGGCCAACAUCACCGAGUUCCCGUACGACAACCCGUCGCCAGGCCCGAUAUGGGUUGAGUGCGAGGCCCGGUCGCCCGAUCGCAACUACAUGACUCGGACGAACUUCCAAAUCGAUACCGUCGCCAGGACGCUCUCGAUCGACCAGACAUGGUACUGCGACGACGAAGACGUGGCAUCUCCGGUCCAGAGGGUCGCCACGGGGACCGUCGCGUUGCCUGAGCUGGAGUGCCAGGAGCGGGAGGUCUUCGUGCCAGAUGACCACACGGCGUUCACGGGGGAGCCGGUGAUCAACGGCAGCACGUGCGGCGCGGCGGCGGGGGGCUUCGCGGUGGCGGCGGGGGCGGAAACGCGGAACGAGAUGGCGCCGUACGCGCUGGCGCUGCCGCGGCCGGGAGCCGAGAGCUGCACGCUGACCUCGUUCGACCCGGGGCGCCAGCGCUUCGAGCUGGACCUGUACUUCAAGCUGGCGUGGUGGUACUUCAGCGGCGAGACGCGGUACGUGGACGCAGACGACGGGCGGCCCGCCGGCGGGCUGUCCUGGGUCGCGUACUACGCGGCGGGCGGCGCGCGCCCCGUCCGCUGCGACGGCUGGGACUCGCGCCUCAACCCCAACGGCACCACCUACGACCCGCGCUACUGGUUCGCCUGCCUGCCGCACCCCGACGACCCCGCCGCCCGCGGCGCCCGCGCCAACUUCGACCCCGACGCCCGCGCCGUCACGCUCCAGGUCGCCUGGGCCUGCGCCGACAAGAGCCCCGGCCGCCCCAUCGCGUUCAACGCGACGGGGCGCCUGGUGCUUCCGGACCUAGCGUGCGAGCACUCGCACUCGGAGCUGGGCGGGAACUCGUCCGACGAGACACGCUGCGAGUACCCGAAGGAGUGGGACAACGGCAAGGCCGCGCUCCCGCUCGAGGACAUCCGGUGGGCGAUUGAAGAGGCUCUGCCGGCAUAA